GUCCCGGAUUAGACGUUAGUAGCCCGGAAAAGAAUGGCUGGUAAACUCGGUCGUCGAUUGUUUCUUCCAAGCUGGUACAUCAAACUAGUUCGGCCUGGCGUUGAUCUGCCAGAUAAUGAAGUCAUGUUUCACGUGCCACUAAAGAUGACAAAAUUAGACAUAAGAAACUACCUUGAAAAGAUAUAUGACAUCAGAGUGGCUAAAGUAAAUACAAGAAUUCAACUAGGAAAGACAAGGACAAUUGUCACAAAGGGUGUACCUCAGAAGAAGAAACGACCCGAUGUUAAAGUUGCUUAUAUCACUCUUGCAGAUGGGACAUUUCGUUUUCCUAACUUGUUUAGCAAGGAAGGUCACAAAGAUGAAAAGGAAGUGGCAUCAACAAAGGGAGAACAUGACAGUAAAGAAUCGACUGUUGCUACUCCAGUUUGGUAAAUACAGUAAAUGGCAGUUGUAUGUACAUGUACCUUACAAAUACAAUGAAUGAUGUAAUUAAUUA